ACGGACCAGCAGGCAGAAGCCCGCGCCUUCCUCAGCGAGGAGAUGAUUGCGGAGUUCAAAGCCGCCUUCGACAUGUUUGAUGCGGACGGUGGUGGAGACAUCAGCACCAAGGAGUUGGGGACAGUAAUGAGGAUGUUGGGUCAAAAUCCCACCAAAGAAGAGCUGGACGCCAUCAUCGAGGAGGUGGACGAGGAUGGCAGUGGCACCAUCGACUUCGAGGAGUUCUUGGUCAUGAUGGUGCGCCAGAUGAAAGAGGAUGCCAAGGGCAAGUCUGAGGAGGAGUUGGCCAACUGCUUCCGCAUCUUUGACCGNAAUGCAGAUGGGUUCAUCGACAUUGAGGAGCUGGGUGAGAUCCUGAGGGCCACCGGGGAGCCUGUCACUGAUGAGGACAUAGAGGACAUGAUGAAGGACUCGGACAAGAACAACGAUGGCCGCAUUGACUUCGAUGAGUUCCUGAAGAUGAUGGAGGGCGUGCAGUAA